GAUAUUUUAACUUUCACUGGAUCUGACUGUAUUCCAACCAAGGAGAACAUAUAUCAAGUUGGGACUCCAGUCGUUGACAGUGUUACAAAUAUCUUCCCUGGUUGGACUGGAUCUGCUAUUUCAAGCUGCUCUACUUUUUUGACACUAUUCACUGGAUUUAAUAGUAUUUUUACUCUGGAAACCAUCUACUAUGUUGAAUUACCUACUUCGAGUUCACAGUCCACCGGAAGCAGGCCAACCGCUACGUUCGUCACCACUAAGCUCACUUUGUGGACCGAUCGUCGAACGUGCACAUUCUUUACCAUAAAAACCCUGUCCACUAGCUCUGAUGAUAUUUUGACCACAGAAACGCUGUUCUACGCUCAGGCACCAGAUUUGCUGUUUUUUAGAAACUCUUCCAUCGUGACGCCCACAAGAUCCUCCAGUACUGAAAUUUUAUCUACCACUUCCACUUUAAGUGAUGUUUCCUCUUUUGCGGCCAUUUCAUCAUUAUCCAGCUCCCAGGCCCAGUCUACGGCAAACGAUAUCUCUAUUAAUGCCCAAGACUCGACGAUUACAAAUAUUAAGAUCAUCAAGACUUCAGGUUCAGACACGACUUCGUCAAUUGCAAGCUCUAGUCACCAGAAACCACCCCUGCCCCCACCCCUUUCGAGUAUGAGCCAGUCCUUGGUGUUCCCAGCCGUGUCAAUUCCACCUUCUUUCAUAUAAAGUGUCUCAUCCACAACCAUGGUUCCAAUUACGACCUCCGGAGACGACGUAGAUUCAUCAACCUAGAAGAGCAUGUCAACGGGGUCGAAGUCCACUUUGUCUUCAUCAUUAAACGCAUGCUCUGAUUCAACGUCUGUUUUUAACCGCGCUCCCAUCCAAAAAUACAGUUGGUGCAGAGCACUAACCAACCAGUACAAGAAGCAGAACGUUGUCAAACUCUCCACAUAGUUCUCGAACUCUGAAACCAUCUACCAGUAUGAUUCGAGUCCGACAAUGCUAAUGUCCGCCUUAGUAUCAUCGACUCAUUCUAUUAGUGCUGCUCCAACUUCAAUGGAAGGCUUUAGUGAUUCCACAUCUUCGACAUCAAUUUCAACACCUACAACACCACCAAGUCAAAACAGC